CAUCAUGCUGUACAAGAAACAAAUGUUAUUUACCUUUCAGAUAACACUCCUUUAAUGCCUUGACCGCCUGUUGUUUGAGUCAUCAAGGGAACAACUGUAAUGCCUCCAACAGUAAACGCUCCUCACCCGCAGGAGCGGGACAAGCGGGUCAGGACUGGAGAAAGGAAACAGCUACUGCACCCUCACGAUGAGCGCCUCAUGGAGGACGACACCCACGCCCCACAGGCGGCCAAGAAGUCCCGGCACAGCCACGUGAACGUGUCAUGGCUACGGCGCACGGAGUAUAUCAGCACGGAGCUCACCCGCUACCAACCCACCAACAAUGACAAGAUCGAGGCUACAGUGGGCUACAGUCGCCGCAAAGCUAAGAUGGAAGAGCCGACAUACACGGACCGGGAGAGUCAGCUGGAGGCAAUAGAGCAGACGUUCGAGGCAGCCAAGGUGCCGCUGAUGGAGCACUACAGCAAGCCUGGCGUGACGGCCCUCGAGGAGCUGCCCAUCUUCCCUGACUUUGAGCUCUGGAAGUUCCCUUGUGCCCAGGUCAUCUUUGACAGCGACCCCGCGCCCCCAGGGCGGCCCCCUAAUGAUGCCCUCGAGGAGAUGAGCCAAGCCAUGAUCAGGUGUGUGUACAUUUUUAGUCUUUUGCUCGGUGCGAUCAGUCCCACCCAAAAGUCGGUGUCCUCCCUAACAGCCGUGGUCCCCCACAGGGUGCGACUGAGCAAGCGGCGGCAGAAGCCCGGCGCAGGGCGCAGCACCUCCCGCCUGGUCGUGACUCACCGGCCCCUCACCGCCGCCGAGUUCAGGACUCACCGCCACCGCGACGCGAUGCUCCAGCCUCCUGGGGAGGAGGAGGAGGAGGAGGAAGAAGAAGAGGAAGAAGCUGUGGGGGAGGAAGCUGGUUCGCCCAAAGAAUCAGUGGAAGGGAGGCGUUCACGCUCGCGGUCCCCGUCAGGGUCACGCUCUGGCAGUCGUUCUCGAUCGAGGUCUCGGUCCGGCAGCCGGUCACGACGUGGGUCACGCUCCAGCAGCCGGUCACGACGACGGUCUCACUCCGGCAGCCGAUCAGGACGCGGAUCUCGGUCCGGCAGCCGGUCGCCUUCAGGAUCUAGGUCUCGCAGUCGCUCCCCACGGCGGCGCUCUAACAAAUCUCGAUCCGGGUCUCGCAGUAGCUCGGGCAACCGCUCUCGAUCGGCAAGCCCAAAACAGGGAUCUCCACGAUCUGGAUCUCCCCCAGCUAAGAAGAGAUCGCCCCGAGCAGGUUCAGGAUCUCCCCGAUCUGGGUCUGGUUCGCCACGAUCAAGAUCUGGUUCGCCACGAUCAAGAUCUGGUUCGCCUCGAUCAAGAUCUGGUUCGCCAAGGUCAAGAUCUGGUUCACGAUCAAGAUCUGGUUCUCCGCGAUCAAAGUCUGGUUCGCCUCGAUCAGGAUCUGCGUCUCCCCGAUCAGGUGCCGGAUCUCCGCGGUCAGCGUCGGGAUCGCCACGGUCUAAGAAUGGGUCUCCAAGAUCUGGAUCUGGUUCUCCUAGAUCGGGAGCAGGAUCUCCGAGGAGUGGAUCUCCAGCGUCUCCAAGGUCAGACGCUGGCUCUGCGGCUCACUCGGCUCCUGGCUCAGACUCCGAGUGAUGGCUCCGUCGGUGAUGUGCCGCGGACAUUGUUGAUGCACGCAUGUCGCUGGCAUUGUUGGUGUUUCGCGGACAUUUUUGAUGUUUAUAAAUAAUGAUUAUGCCCUCUGUCUUCUUCUACCUACUAGUGGGUCGGUAUAAAUGUGGGGCGUAUUUUCAAAAAUACGAGUUUAUUAUCCAUUAGAAAAUCACAAUGAAGGCUUAUGAAAGGAGAGGGUUUGGACCUAAGAAGGAUGAGGAUAUUGUCUUUAAAUUAUUUUGGUAUUCUAUUAGAAGUACGUUCGUGGUCAAAAAAAGAUCAUAUUGUAGGUCCUGCGUUUUACCCUUAAUAAAAUGUACUUAGCCUCA